AUGGCUGCAACAGCCUUUACCAAAGCAGCAUUACCUCAACGCAAUGGGUUUGGUAGCAAAGGAAAACGCAUUGCAGUUUACGCUAAUCAUUAUCCAAUCUCCUUUCAAGCGGAGAAUUCCAUCAUUCAAUAUGAUAUGCAAACUAAUCCUGAAGUCAAAAUUAAAUCUGAUCUACGCGAUUUCAUUUCUAUUUUACAAUCCAGUUAUUCACAGCUUUUUCGUGGUGUUGUAACAGCGUUUGAUGGUGUACGCAAUAUUUAUGCUAAUAAAAGACUAAAUGGAAUUAGCAGUGAUGGAAAGACAUUCACCAUUGAUAAAGAAAUGAGACCUGGCGCCAUUAAAAGUUUCAAAAUCCAAAUUAAGGAAGUGCAAUUAAUCCAAUUAACCGAUUUAAAUCGAGCGUUACGUGGCGAAACCGAUGUCCCCUAUCAAGCAAUACAAGCAGUCGAUGUUGUUUUACGUUGUACUCUGGCCAAGAAAUUCACCAUGGUUUAUCGAUCCUUUUAUCCAGAACCUGCUGAUGACGAUUGGCGAUCGUUAGGCUGUGGACAUGAAAGUUGGCGUGGUUAUUAUCAAAGUGCACGUUCAACACAGACGGGCUUAUCCUUAAAUAUUGACACCUCGCAUACUGCAUUUUAUGAGGCUGUACUCGUCCAUAACUUUAUCGCUCGCUAUUUCAAUCAAGAUGAAAUACGAUCACUACGAGAUUUUCAAAGAAAAACCAUGGCAUCCGAAUUGAAAAAUGUCAAAGUGACUGCUCUUCAUGGUGACAAAAAACGCAAAUAUAGAAUCACCGAUAUCUCCAACAAUAAACCCAAUCAAAUUCAAUUUGAUCACAACGGAAAACGAGUCAGUGUGACAGACUAUUUUAAAACGACUUAUGGCUAUACCAUCCGCUAUCCCGAUUUACCCUGUUUAAAAAUGAACAAUAAAGAAAUUCAUUUACCUAUGGAAGUGUGCGAAAUUAUACCUGGACAAUACUACAAGAAGAAAAUUAACGAGCGUGAAACAGCUAGCAUGGUAAGAUUUGCAGCUAUUCCGGCCGAUCAACGGAGAGGCAAAAUUGAUACAUUUGUCAAUCGUACAGCACAGUAUUCUACCGAUCCAGUGAGUAAAGGAUUCAAUAUUCAAGUCGAUCCUCACAUGAAAAAAGUCGAUGCGCGAGUUUUAUCACCGGUCAAAGUCAUCUAUCGUUCUGGUGAAAUGCUACCACGUGAUGGAAGCUGGAAUCUACAAAAUGCUCAAUUUAUCUCCAGCAAGCAAGUUCAUUCUUGGGGCUGUGUUUGGUUUCGUGAUCGAAUGUUAAAUCCCAGAAAAGUAGAAGUAUUAAUCAGUAAGUUGAAGAAAUCGACUGCAGAUUGUGGUAUCGAAGGCAUCAACGAAAAAAAUCUUUGUAUGCAAAUUAAGAAUAUCGACAAAGCCAAUCAUCAAUUCCUAGCCAACUUAGCUUUAAAGAUUAACGCUAAAUUAGGAGGGACGAACAAUACCAUCAAUCAAUCGGAAUUAUUAAAGAAGCCAACAAUCAUCUUUGGUGCUGAUGUCACUCAUCCAGGCAUCGGUGAUCAAACAUCGCCAUCGGUUGCAGCAAUCGUUGGAAGUGCCAACAUCGAUUUGAGUCACUAUUUUCAUGCUAUUCGUAUCCAAGAACAUCGUAAAGAAAUCAUUCAAGAUUUACAAAGUGUAGUUAAAACCAUGAUGCUUUCGUUCUAUCGAAAAUUACAUAGAAAGCCUGAGCGAAUCAUCUUUUAUCGCGAUGGAGUUAGCGAAGGCCAAUUUAACGAUGUCAUUCGCGAAGAAUUAACGGCGAUCGAGAAAGCAUGCCGUAGCAUAGAAGAAGGCUAUCGACCAGCUAUUACCUUUUUAGUAGUUCAAAAGCGUCAUCAUACACGCUUUUUCCCAUCUCAAAAUAAAGAUUCCGUGGGGAAAGCUCGCAAUGUCCCACCAGGCCUAGUAGUCGAUCGAGGCGUUUGCCAUCCUUCCCAGUUCGAUUUCUAUCUAUGCAGUCACUUUGGUAUCCAAGGAACAAGUCGACCUACUCACUACCAUGUAUUACUGGAUGAAAAUAAGUUAUCAGCGGAUAGCUUACAAGAGUUUACCUAUCAAUUGUGUCAUGUCUACUGUCGUUGCACUAGAAGUGUUUCUAUUCCAGCUCCAGUUUAUUAUUCUCAUCAUUUAGCUUUUCGAGCACGUUCUUACAUGGCUCAACUUGGAGGAGAGAUGAGACCGCAAGAAAUGAAUCGUAAGAUAGAGCAAGUCUUAUCCAAAAAUAUUGGUGGCGCUGUAUUUUUUGCUUAA